AUGGGAAAGAUCAUCUUCUACGAGGACAGGAAUUUCCAGGGCCGCUCCUAUGAAUGCAGCGGGGACUGCGCCGAUAUGUCCUCAUAUUUCAACCGCUGUAACUCCAUCCGUGUUGAAAAUGGGAACUGGAUCUUGUACGAGCACUCCAACUUCAGAGGACACCAGUACUAUCUUAGGAGAGGCGAAUAUCCGGAUUUCCAACAAUGGCUGGGAUUCAAUGACAUCAUUAGGUCUUGUCGCUUGACCCCACAGCAUCUUGGGCCAUUUAGACUUAAGAUCUAUGAGCGAGAAGACUUCAAAGGUCAGAUGAUGGAGUUCACUGAGGAUUGUCCUCAUGUCCAAGAGCAAUUCCGCUACCAUGAUAUACACUCCUGCAACGUCCUGGAUGGACACUGGGUGUUCUACGAGGAGCCCAGCUACCGGGGACGUCAGUACUACCUGAAGCCUGGGGAGUACCGGAGAUACACCGACUGGGGCGCUUUAAACUCUAGAAUUGGCUCUUUUAAACGUGUCCAGUAUCUACAUUGA